UGCCUCGCGCUCUCUCUCGCGAUACCCGCGCGGCUCGGAGAGGAGAGGAGCCACGGCUACGAUCACAAUGUUGCGUCCCUGGUAGCCGACAGUCGCCUUUCUUCGGCGGAGCUCGGUGAAGUGUGGAGCCCAUCUGAGCCGAGGCCUCGCCCUACGGUUCGUCACACCGGUGUCUGGAAGGGACGCACCUUGUUUGGUUUACAGGUAUGAAGUGACCUAUAGAGGGAAGAGGUCGGGUGACUUCUGAUUGGCUACGAUGAGCUUCCUGUCAGAGUUCCACUGUUGAAUGGAUCUGGGUCUGCCAUAAACAUGCGUUGCCUGGCGGCUCGGGUCAACUACAAGACCCUGAUUGUGAUCUGUGCCCUAUUCACCUUGGUCACCGUCCUGCUGUGGAACAAGUGCUCCAGUGACACCACGCUUGCUGCGGUGCCCAGGCCUCCGCCAGCCAGCACCCCCAAGGGAGACCGCAGUCCCCAGCAGCCCCAGCCUCCAGAGCCCCCACCCGUUGUGGGUGGGCUCAAAUACGAGGAGAUCGACUGCCUGAUCAACGAUGACGUCACCAUCAAGGGCCGACGGGAGGGCAGCGACGUCUACCUGCCCUUCGGCUGGCUGGAGAAGUACUUCGAGGUUUACGGAAAGGUGGUGCAAUAUGACGGCUACGAUCGCUUUGAGUUCUCCCACAGCUACUCCAAGGUCUACGCCCAACGAGAGCCCUACCACCCUGACGGGGUCUUCAUGUCCUUCGAGGGCUACAACGUGGAAGUGCGCGACCGAGUCAAGUGCAUCAGUGGAAUUGAAGGUGUACCCGUGUCCACACAGUGGGGCCCUCAGGGUUACUUCUACGCCAUCCAGAUCGCUCAGUACGGCUUGAGCCACUACAGUAAGAACCUGACGGAGCGUCCGCCCCACGUGGAGCAGUAUGACGCGGCGGAGGAGCGAGACGGCCCCUCCUCGGUCUGGACGGUGUCCCGGGGCUGCUCCCUCACCCGGAGCUACGACAAGACCCGUGCCACCAUGGUGCGGCAGUUCAGCGCUCCAGAGAAUUCCGAGGGAAUCUCUCUGCCUUUGGGGAACUCGAAAGACUUCAUCAUCUCCUUCGACCUCAAGUUCACAUCCAACGGCAGCGUCUCUGUGGUACUGGAGACCACAGAGAAGAACCCCCCGUUUGUCAUCCACUAUGUAACCAGCACCCAGCUCAUCGCCUUCAAGGAUCGGGACAUCACCUACGGGCUGGGUCCACGGACAGCCUGGAGCACCGUCACCCGGGACCUGCUGACAGAUCUACGCAAGGGUGUGGGGCUCUCCAAUACCAAGGCGGUGAAAGCCACCAAGAUCCUGCCCCGCCGCGUGGUCCGGCUGGUGCUCCACGGGCGAGGCUUCAUCGACAACAUCACCAUCUCCACCACCGCCCACACUGCCGCCUUUUUUGCUGCCAGCGAUUGGCUGGUACGCAACCAGGACGAGCGCGGCGGUUGGCCCAUCAUGGUCACGCGCAAAUUGGGUGAGGGCUUCCGCCCACUAGAGCCCGGCUGGUACUCGGCCAUGGCCCAGGGCCAGGCCAUGUCCACCCUGGUGCGUGCCUACCUGCUCACCAAGGAGCCAGCGUACCUGAAUGCAGCCCUACGUGCCACCGGCCCCUACAAGCUGCCCUCGGAGCAGCACGGCGUUAAGGCCGUCUUCAUGAACAAGUAUGACUGGUACGAGGAGUAUCCCACUACACCUGGCUCCUUCGUCCUGAACGGCUUCAUCUACUCGCUGAUCGGCCUGUACGAUCUGGCCGAGACGGCCGGCGACAAGCUGGGCCGCGAGGCUGGCGUGCUCUUCAGCCGCGGCAUGGAGUCCCUGAAGGCCAUGCUGCCCCUGUACGACACGGGGUCUGGGACCGUCUAUGACCUGCGGCACUUCAUGCUGGGCUCUGCCCCCAACCUGGCCCGCUGGGACUAUCACACCACGCACAUCAAUCAGCUGCAGCUGCUGGCCUCCGUUGACAACUCGCCUAUUUUCAAGGACUUCGUCAAGCGCUGGAAGAGCUAUCUGAAGGGAGGCAGGGCCAAGCACAACUAGAGCAGCCGACCGAAGCCCGGCUCCAGGACCCAGCACACCCCCACCUGGGGCGGGGGGUAGGAGCAGGUGAGGUCAGGCAGAAACACGGCCCGCUUCAAUCUCCGGAACCGAGAAGAUGCUGACCACCAUCGCUGUCUUCGUGUGCUACCGAGGUGGCGAGUGGCUGGUCUCGUCUUCUCCAAGCUGGCAGUCAUUAACGAACUACGAACACAGCUUCAGGGAGUAUGUCUGUGUUGUGUGGAAUGGAGCAGAAAUUGUUUUCCUUACUUGACUCCUGAGCAUUAGAUACUGAUGUUUGCAGGUUGUCGAGGGGAAACUGGGUAAAUCUGCAGAGAAAUUGGAAAACCAGGUUCAGACAGAAUGGCGCUGAAGAGGGUUGGCAUCCAGCCCUGUGAUGAUCAAGCAUUUCUUCCAAUAUAGUUUAUCCAUUUUCUUUUGUGUUGUUUUUGUUGUUAAAAUUGUUUCAUCCGUCUCUGAAAUAGGUGCCCAGUAUGUUUGGGAUGCUUAAACUGUCCCAUGUAGAGAAUAAUGGUGACAGGCGUGACACAGAUCGUCGGAUACCUUCACUAAACCCAAAGACACAAGUAUAAAGAAAUUAUUUCACCUUAGGUCAGCUUAUGAAAUGUCAGAACACUUAUUGCUGAUGUCCUCAUCAGCUGAACGCUCUGCUGUUGUCAGGCCAGGGCUUGUGCCGAUGGUGGCUGCCUACUCUCUUCCCCCCUCCCCACUCAGGUAUUUCACAUGAAGGGGGUGGGACUUAGUUCUGUUGCACAAUCAAAUCGUUCAAACCCAGAUCUUCCUAAACAAUCAUCUUUGACUAGGGGAAAGAGCAUCCAUUUGUGUCUUCCCCUGUGCAAGAUAAGUCGCUAGAAUGUUGGAGCUUGUCUUGAAUUCCCCCUGAAGUCCCUCGCCCCGUCGUCACGAUCCACCUUGGCCACACCCACCCCACAUCCCUACAAGCUCCGCCCACACCCUUCGCUCUGUGGCUGUUAGUGCUGCCACUAGCAGAGGCGUGAUGGCCUGUAUGCUUGGGCGGUUGGGUGUGUCCUGCAGCUUGGGGGCCCGGCCUUCACCUGCGCAGUCCUGCACGGCUUCUCGGCAGCUGCAGGCCUUCAUGGUGCUGCUGCUCUGCGGUUCCGCAUUUAGAUUAGGACAUUAGACAACACAGCGACUCUGCUUCCUGAAAUGGAAUACCGAUCAUCUCUUGGUGUUCCCAGAGUGAGGAGAUGUGAGGAGAGGAUGAGAGCAAUUAGCUUAAAUCGGAAAAAUGCGUUGCUCUUCCCAUGGGAUCCUUUAGCUUGCGAUGCUCUAGGCUGGCAGGUGUUCCACGCAUAUCGCCAUGCGCUACGUGACAGGCCUCUCGCUUUGCACACCAGGGAAAAUAAGGGAAAACAUUAGUGUUGCAGAUGAGUGAAUCAUUGUCCUCGUACGUGUGAUGAAGGGAUGAUUUUUAGAGCUUUCUGGGGCUCCUUCAUAUAUUCCCUGCACUUUAUGCCAGUUUGUGAAAUGCUCACGUUUUAUUGGGCGUUUCUGCUCCCUUUUGUUUCGCAGAGAUACAAUGCAGAGCUCAUGUGUGAGAUUUCACAAGACAAAAUUGUGUUUUGUCUAAGUGGGCUGCUGAUGCGUGGGUGUCAUUAUGCUUUGCCAGAGCACGAUGGGAAAGUCUGCGCCUGCUUAACAAGCAUGCAGCCGGCAGGUCCUUAGUCUGCAAAGGUUUCCUGGCACAUGGAGCUGGUUUGCAGGAACAGUUAAUGACAGUCUCUCUCUCUCUCUCUCUCUCUCUCUCUCUCUCUCUCUCUCUCCUCUCUCUCUCCCCCUCUCUCUCUCUCUCUCUCUCUCUCUCUCUCUCUCUCUCUCUCUCUCUCUCUCCCUCUCUCGUCCCCGCAUAGGUUUAGCCCACAUUUGCAGCCUAAUUAAUCGUUUGGCUGUUCUACUGACACAUGCCGCAGUCCACUCCUGGAGGUACUGUUAAUUCCUGUGGUUAAUACACUUAACACAAUUAAACGCAGUCUUGCGCUGUGAUUGGUUGAAUCUGUGGAACCAAUCACGUACGUGUGAAAGGCGGUUAUCAGUGACAUCUUUUGCUAGUUCCCAACCAUCCCAUUACUUGGAUGUAGGAGUUGAGGAAGCUCGCAGUCAGUGGCUGCAUUUGUUUUAAUGUUUGACAUUCUGAGUCUGAGGCAUCUUGCACUGUAACCCCAUAAGUGGGAGUUACCUCUCACUGGGGGGGUUUCAGUUCCAGAUGAACUGUACAGUCACGAUCCACUGUACAGUGCAGAAAUGUAACAGGAACAUCAGCUCUUUCCCCCAGUUACCACCUGCCUACCUGCUGUGGUCCUCAGCCCGGGUGCCCAGCCAGACAUGGGCUGACACGUGACUCCCAGCGUCUCCCUCCGGACGUAGCCGGCGGCCGCGAUGAUGGACGCCGGAGCCUGCCACGUGCGCGGUGCUCAUGUUGAGCGUCGCCGUUUUCUCAUUCUGCACUUGCCGCAUCACCGAACUGCGAGCAGUGACUGGCUUCCAAAAGAGGGGGAUGCUGUCGUCUCUGGUUUCCACUGUACACAGGGCCCAUGCGUUGUUCAUACCAAAGUCUUUAAAGGGGUUUUUGGAAGAGCUUUCGUUGGUUUUGCAGAGACAAACGCAGCUGCAAUAUGAGUCUGGGACUGAUCUCCAUGCAGCUCUUGUUCUGUAAAUGCAGAAAUGGAGACGUCAAUUCUGAGGACGGUAAUGAGGAUUCUGAAGGCGGGCGAGUCUCUUUCCUUCAGAAGAAUAGAAGCAAAGCGGCCAUUCUGAGUUUUAAUUGUUCAGAUUCAGUUUCUAUAGUGUAGUGCUUGAAAUGCAAUGAGCAGGAAAAGAUAUAUUUUUUGCAGUCAAGGGGAUGCGUGCAACUGUACAGCUAACGUUAGAAAUCAGUGAUGUUAGAAAAGGAAAAGCCGGAAAUCUCAGUGAGUCGCUUUUUCCUUAAAUUAUGAAAUUAUUUGCUUAGGACAAGCUGUUUGUUGGAGUUAAGAGCACAAAAGCACAACUGUAGUGUCAUUGGUUAAUUUAUCCUUUUCAUUGUGUGCAUUAUUUCCCUGGACGAUGUGCAAGGCCUUCGCUUGAAAGCUGCUAUUGUUAUUCAUGGUGUAAUUGACAAUUGUGUGGUACUAGUUACCCUCCCCUCCCACUAUCCUGUAAUCGGACAUGUGCAUCUCCAGUCACAUGUGACAUAUGCAAUAACGUGUUUACUGUGUUUCCUGUUGCCAGGGACAUCCAGAGAGGUUGUAUAGACUUUCAAUUGAAGCACAAUGUGCACAUGCUACCAUUUUUUUAAUGCAGAAAGUGUUUAUAUAAAAAAUAGUCAAUCUUUGUGCUCAGAAUUGCUUUUUAAAGUUGUAAAAUAAAGGCAUUUUUUCUUACACAA